GCUCUAGGGGCCUGGGUGAGGAGCCUAAAUGGUGGUCGUCGCAGGAGGAGGUGCUGAGAGUAAAGAUCGGUGGAGACAGCGCUCUUUACCAACCAUUUAAAGUAGUGCAGGGGCAGGGGAGCGCUGCAGGAGCCUAAGCUAGUUAGUGCCCCUUGUGGGACCACGUGUUUGGAGAGGUCCAGCCCUCACCCUCGAGCUCCCUCCGUAGCCAGGUGUUUCAACUCAGACUCUAUAACUGGCGGCGUCCCAUUUCUACAGGUGUCGGGCGUCAGAGAACCCGCCCUAGGGCUCAUGGCGGCGCCUGUCUGCUUGGGCCGGAAACGCCCGCUCCCGGUUUGCCCCAACCCGCUCUUUAUACGCUGGCUGACCGAGUGGCGCGACGAGGCAGCCAGCAGGGGGCGCCGCACGCGCUUCGUGUUUCAGAAGGCGCUGCGCUCCCUCCGGAGGUACCCGCUGCCCCUGCGCAGUGGGAAGGAAGCUAAGAUUCUACAACACUUCGGAGACCGGCUCUGCCGGAUGCUGGACGAGCGGCUGCAGCAGCAUCAAGCAUCGGGCGGUGAUCAUGUCCUGGACCCACCAUCUGGAGAGACGUGCCCAGCCUGGGAAGGGCCACUUGCCAAAGUCCAGGAUUCUUCUUUGCCAGUUCCUGUCCAGCCCAAAGUAGGAGGCUCUGGCAACUACUGGCCAGCUCCGCACUCAGGAGCCCGAGCAGUACUGUUGCUGCUUUACCAGGAACACCUGAACCCAAAUGGCCACAACUACUUAACCAAGGAGGAACUGCUGCAAAGGUGUGCUCAGAAGAACCCCAGGGUAGUCCCUGGGAAUGCUCGACCUUGGCCAGCCCUUCGCUCCCUCCUCCACAGGAACUUGGUCCUCAGGACACACCAGCCAGCCAGGUACUCACUGACCCCUGAGGGUCUGGAGCUGGCCCAGAAAUUGGCUGAGUCAGAAGGUCUGAGCUUGCUGAAUGUGGGCACUGAGGCCAAGAAGCCCCGUGGGGAGGAAGCUGCAGUGCCAGGAGUAGCCUCUGCUGAGCUUGACACCAGUGAAGGGGAGUUCCAGCAGCCAUCACUGGAGCUGGGGCCUGGAGAGUACAGGGUGCUUUUGUGUGUGGACAUCGGCGAGACCAGGGGGGCUGGGUACAGGCCAGAGCUGCUCCGAGAGCUACAGCGGCUGCAUGUAGCCCACACAGUGCGCAAGCUUCAUGUUGGGGACUUCUUGUGGGUGGCACAGGAGACCAAACCCAGAGACCCAGCAAGACCUGGGGAGUUAGUUCUGAACCAUAUUGUGGAGCGCAAGCGGCUGGAUGAUCUGUGCAGCAGCAUCAUUGAUGGGCGAUUCCGGGAGCAGAAGUUCCGACUGAAGCGCUGUGGCUUAGAGCACCGGAUAUAUCUGGUGGAGGAGCAAGGCUCAGUCCACAACCUCAGCCUUCCUGAAAGCACACUGCUGCAGGCUAUUACCAACACUCAGGUCAUCGACGGCUUCUUUGUAAAGCACACAGCAGACAUUAAAGAGUCAGCCGCCUACCUGGCCCUCCUGACACGGGGCCUGCAGAGACUCUACCAGGGCUACACACUAUGCAGCCGCCCCUGGGGAAUUCCAGGGGACCAUCAAUCAGGGGCCGCGUCCUCCCCAAACCCUCUCUGCUCACUCCUCACCUUCAGUGACUUCAAUGCAGGGGCCAUCAAGAACAAGGCUCAGUCAGUGCGAGAGGUGUUUGCUCGGCAGCUGAUGCAGGUACGCGGAGUAAGUGGGGAGAAGGCAGCAGCCCUGGUGGAUAGAUACAGCACCCCUGCCAGCCUCCUAGCUGCCUAUGAUGCCUGUGCCAGCCCCAAGGAACAGGAAACACUACUGAGCACUAUCAAGUGUGGGCAUCUGCAGAGAAAUCUGGGACCUGCUCUGAGCAGAACCUUGGCACAGCUCUACUGCAGCUAUAGUCCCUUGACCUGAGCUUAUGCCACAACACAGACCCUAGCCCUCCCACUCUUCUCCCAACAUCUAACAUCCUACAUUUAUAAUAAUCUUUUAAUAAUGUAUAUCAAGUUAAUUUCAGAUGGCUAAAAAAUCUUUACUAUUUUACAUCUCCAUUAAGUCUCUAACCAGGAUCUUUUGGGCUAUAAUAAAAAGCUAAGUAUUUGCUGCCUUACAUAUUAUGGAGAAGAUGUCAGGCCCCAGGGGUUGUAUAAAAGACUCAGGAUCUAGGAAGACCAUCUGUUCCAGUGGGGCUUUCUUCCAGACAGAGUCUUACUAUGUCACCCUCAGUAGAGUACUGGGGUGUCACAGCUCACAGCAACCUCAAGCUCUUGGGUUUAAGCGAUUCUCUUGCCUUAGCCUCCCAAGUAGAUGGGACUACAGUCGCCUGCCACAAUGCCCGGCCAUUAUUAUUUUUUUCUGGUUGGAGUUCUCAUUGUUUAGCAGUCCCAGGCCAGGCUCUAACCCGCCAGCCUCCGUGUAUGUGGCUGGCACUCUAUUUACUGAGCUAUGGGUGUCAAGACUAUUCUGGAGUUUUGGGUUUGUUUUUUUUUUUUUGGUAGAGACAGAAUCUCUUUGUUGCCCUUGGUAAGAGUGCCAUGGCAUCACACAGCUAACAGCAACCUCCAACUCCUGGGCUUAGGCAAUUCUCUUGCCUCAGCCUCCUGAGUAGCUGGGACUACAGGCGCCCGCCACAACGCCAGCUAUUUUUUGUUGUUGCAGAUUGGCCGGGGCUGGGUUUGAACCUGCCACCCUUGGUAUAUGGGGCCAGUGCCCUACCCACUGAACCACAGGCACCACCCCAGUUCCAGUGGUUUUUAAACCAAACUCCUGAGGAUCUGGGGUUCCCUGUUCAGGGAGAUGGAGUCAAUGGGUCAUUACAACUUUGAAUCUGUAUAAUCAGGUGUUCCCUGAUCAAAUAAAAUGCCCUUUGAUAAGAGUUUCUGGAGCUGGGCACCGUGCCUCCUGCCUGUAAUCCUAGCACUCUGGAAGGCCAAGGCAGUGGAUUGUCUGAGAUCAAGAGUUUGAGACCAGCUUGAGCAAGAGUGAGCCCCUGUCUCUAAAAAUAGCCAGGCGUUGUGGCAGGUGCCUGUAGUCUCAGCUACUAGGGAGG